GCCAGAGAGGAUAUCCCGGGAGAUUACCUCCAGUGUUGGACUUACUGCUUCAAAUUGAAUACUGAGGCGAUCUUUCGAGAGAUGGAAAGACUAUGGCUCCCUGCUUCUGAGGGCAUGAGCACACAGGAGGAAGAUCUGCUGGACCAGGAACUACUGCAGGAAGACCUGGACCACGAGGAGAUGGAGGAUGAGAUGGAACCUGAUCCCCAGCCAAGACCAUCAACUGGGUAUAUAUGAAUGUGUAUGUAUUGUUUGUUUCUAUUUCUCAUAUGAUUGAUACUCACAGUAACACUAACACUGUUACUCUUAUUAUUCAGGUUGUGCGGUCAACCUCUAAUAUGAUGUUGCGAGAAAUUGACUUUUUCAUGCUGUUUUUUACUCAGGCUGUAGUUGCUGAGAUAUGCAGCUUUACAAACCAUCGGGGUGGGAGCUCGUCCUAAACUGUCCGUCAUAUUCCAGCUACCAAGGAGCUUGGAUGGAGGUGACCCCCGAUGAAUUUUAUAAAUUGCUUGAGUUGCUCAUUUACAUGGGGUUUUCAAUUCUCCCUGAUUCCCAUCGUCAUUGGGGAACCAAAUCACUUCAGGGCUCGUGGGCAAGGGGAUUUAUGUCGCGUGACUGCUACAAGGCUCUUUUAGCAGCUCUACAUGUUGUAGACCCUACCACAGAGGAUAAUCAGGAUCGCAUUAGGAAGUUGCGUUAUCUUAUGGACCACCUCAAACAAAAAUGGCAGCAGCUCUUUCAGCCUAACCAAAAUCUCGCAAUAGAUGAACGUAUGGUCAAGUCUAAAGCUCAGUCAGGAUUUAAACAAUACAUGAAGGGCAAGCCUAGUCGGUGGGGUUUUAAAUCAUGGGUAAUUGCAACAUCAGACUCGGGGUAUACUCUCGACUUUAAUGUUUACACAGGUAGUCAUGAUGGGCGUGUCACUGACUUGGUCACCAAAGCAGUUGAAUCGUUACUGCAGCCAUUCAAAGACAAGGGCCACAGUGUUUGGUUUGACAACUUUUACAUGUCCCCAGCUCUUAUGGUUAAGUUGUUAGAAAUGGGAACUAAUGCCUGUGGGACAUGCAGGGUGAAUCAUAAACUGUUUCCUGCAGAAUUUAAAGACAUCAAAAGAUGGGAAUGCAAGACAGCUCGUGGGGAUAUGAGGUGGUGUAGGAUUGAGGGGAACAUACUUGUAAUUCAGUGGAAGGACACGCAUGCAGUUACAUGCCUCUCCAAUUUCCACAAUGCGAAUGGCUCAACCGAAAUUACUAGGUUUGUAAAAAAUUAUGGCAACUGGACAAAAGAAGAAGCCCUCCAGCCCACUGUCAUCAGCGAUUCUAAAACAUGGGUGAUGUUGAUAGGUCAGACCAAAUGAUAAAAUCUUACAACGUCCUACAAAAAACUCAGAAGUGAUGGGAGACUCUUUUUUCCACUUCAUAGACAUUGCCGUCAUCAAUAGUUUCAUAUUGUUUAAGGAAUGGCAACACAUUCAUGCGGCACCAGGAGAUGAGCGUAGACCGGUGAACUUAACCCACACAGAUUUCAGAGAAAACCUGGCUCGUCAGCUGGGAGGUAUCAAUAUUCACGCAAGUUUCCUGUUGCAUACACUAAAGCCUGUAGUCCCUCCUUCGUCAUCACUCCACACAGCCCAUGUCCCUAAAUUUGAAGAGUCCUCUAAGAGAGCAUGUUGGCUAUGCUAUCGGAAAAGUAGGACUGAAAAUAAAAUGAAAGUAGCUUGUUGCGCGCCGGAAUGUAUUGGCAAAAUACUUUGCUUGGUUCGCGAUAGGAACUGUUUUCAGUCUUGGCACUGUGACCAGUUUCGCAAAGAGGCCUAGGUUGGGCUGUGUUUACUGGUGUUGUCCUCCCCCUCUCCUCUUUUCUCCUUCUCUUCUCUCCACAGGUAUUACAGUUGUUGAGUAUUUAUGAAUUUAUAUAUAUUCUGUUCCUGCACUCUUUAUUAAAAAUGUAUUUACUGUAGAUAGUUCAAAAGUUUGAUUUUGUAUGUUUUGCUGUGUAAUUCGUGUGUAAUUCUAAUGUUCAAAUUAAAUAAAGUGUGUGUUUUAUUGAACACAUAAAAUGUAUUUUCAGUGUUUGUGUCCUUCAAUUUCAGAUGCAAUCUCAAUUUAUUAUUACAGGUGCUCAAAAGGAGUAUUUGAGGAGUGGUCAUGUGAAAUGUAUCUUAACGUUCUAAAUGUUUUUUUUUUUUUUUUUUUUUUUUUCGUUUUCCCACUAAUCACUAGAAUUGUCAUAACUUUUAAACAACAGAUUAUAUUUCUAAUCUGUCUGCUAUUCUACAUUGCCCACAAAAUUAUGUAUAUUUCAUACACUCCAAGUUUCCCUCUAGCUUGUAAUUAAAAUGGUUGAAAAUGCAGUUGUCUGAUGAAGUAUGGUGGCUGGAGAAGAUUUUUGUAAAAAUUGCUGUGUGAAAUCUUAUUGAUAAAGGUUGAUUAGCCAUAAAUAACCAUACAUAUAUUUAUAUCAUUUGAAAGCCCAUUCUCUUCAAUAUGGUAUAUACAGUUCAGGUGUGUGAUGUUAUAUGAAUAUGAAUAUAAUAUGAAAUUUAUAUGAAUAUCAUAUUCUGGCACAGAAUGGAAUUUUCGGAAUUUGGGGCUCAGGCUUUAAAAGGUUAAGGUGUGAUAACCGUGGUAUAAGAAGAAUAAUUGACUCCAGCCCGUUAAAUUAUUGAAAAAUAAUGCACUUCGCUGCAUGUCGUGACUGCAUUACCACCUCGGGUGUGCAUUAUUUUUUCAAUAAUUCAAUGGUCCAUCAUCAAUUAUUCCUUACAUAAAAUUUAAAAUGAAAUUAUCAUGAUCACAUUGUAUACGUCUUCAUAAAGUGUAAGACAUUAACUGUAUUAAAUGGUAUGAGGUGUAAUUUUGCCGACUGUCCUGCAGGUGUCUGCAUAAGUCAGAUAUGUCCU